UUAAACCGAGGUGACUCCGGAGCUGGAUCCGCCGCUGCUGCCAGCAACAUGUUCAAGGUAAUGCAGUGGUCAGCAGGUUCUGCCAGCCUGAGUCUUCUCUCCUUCAAAGUCUAUGCAUCUUGUAAAAAAGAGAAAAGGGACAAGUGUUCAGUCAGAGUUGAUGAGCUUUCACUCUACUCAAUUCCAAACUUUGAAUCCAAAUAUGUGGAGGAACCAAGAAGCCCCCUGGAAGAAGGCAUUUCACAACUUAGAAAGUAUGCUGGACCAUAUACACAUUGGUUUCAGGUUGCUUACAACAAGACUAAGCCCACAGUAGAUGCUGCCAUUCAACAAGGAAUAGCUAGCUGUGAAAUACUCCAAAAUCCACCUCCAGGAUUUUUGCCAAGGCUCGGUGUGAUUGGUUUUUCUGGAAUUUUGGGAUACUUUUUUGCCAGAGGUUCAAAAUUAAAGAAACUUGUGUAUCCAAUUGGUUUCAUGAGCAUUACUGCAUCUGUCUAUUAUCCACAAGAGGCUUUUGAAUUUGCUCAGGUCAACGGGGAGAAAUUAUAUGAUUGGGGCCUGCGAGUAUUUAUAAUCCUAGAAGAUGUGUGGAAGACAUACUUUAAAAUGGAUGCAAACCAAGAGAAGGCUGAAGAUGUGAAACAAUCUUCUAAACAAAGAAAAUAAAUAGAAUGGUCCCAGUGCUGCCCAUUUUCAAGAGAUGUACUUCAAAGACUCCAUUCAGAAACCAGUAUUUUGAACAAAUUGAGAAAGAUGCCAGAGAUGGUGAUAGUGAAUGCAAUAAAAUGUCUUUCUUUUUUAGGAAAAGACUACAUUUGUCCUCUUUGUUAUCUCUGAUGAUGUCAUUUUACUGAAGAGACUGGUCUGAUAUUCUUUCACCUAGAGAUAAUUUCUAAAUCUUAGAACUUCUUGUCCUUAUGUUACUGUUCAUGUACAUAAUUAAAAUUCCAAGUAAAUACA